UCAUGGAAAUCAUCGCUUGCAGCUACAUAAGCAUGGGUACUUAUGCUCUAGUAAAAAUAUACAGACGCGUUAGUAUACACAUUUUUAAGUUGAUAAAAAAAAAUAUAAACAAAAUAUUCCACAUACAUUCGAAGACAUUAAUUUUUCCUGGUGAAUUCGCCUCGAGGGCCUGUACAUAUGUAUAUAAUCAGUGACUGAAUCUGUGAAGAACAAUACGAAGGAAUAACAACAACAACAACAAUAACACGUCGUAGAUUAAAGAUAAUACAGCAUGGUCUGCGAAAAAUGCGAGAAGAAAUUGGGGAAAGUGAUAACACCAGAUCCUUGGAAAUCAGGUGCUCGAAAUACAGUGGAGAGUGGUGGACGUAAAGUAGGAGAAAACAAAGCUUUAUCAGCAUCAAAAAAUCGUUUCAACCCUUACACAGCGAAAUUCGAAAUCUGCAAAAUAUGCAGGCAAAAAGUGCACCAGGUUGGUUCCCACUACUGCCAAUCGUGUGCCUACAAAAAAGCUAUCUGCGCCAUGUGUGGAAAAAAACUAAUGAACACUAAGAAUUACAAACAAUCUGCAACAUAGUACAAUUUAUUCAUCGCAAUUACUCCAUAACUAAAUGAAUAUUCAUUAAUUGUAAUGAACGAAAAUUUAUUUUCCUUUAUCAUAUAUAUUAUUGCUACGUACAAUGCAACAACUAAUCACUAGAUUAAGGAGUAAAAAUAAAAUUUACAAUAUCUUGUGAAAAACUAUUAUAUCAGAAAAUUUAUCUCCAUUGUCCAUUCAUAUUUUCUGCUCUUUCUGUUUUUAUAAAAUAAUUCACUAUACGAAUACGCAACUAGUCUCAUUAAUGUGCAAUUAGUCCAAUUUAUACAUUUUGAGUAUUAUGUACAUCUCUAUCGUUAAGACUCGGUUCUUUUAUUUAAAAAGAUACAAAGUUAUCUGAUCAUUAGAAUAUUUCCUCGGCACCAACAUUUCACAUACUUUUUAAAGAAAUAUACAGAUUACUGUCAAUUACAAUAACAAUUAUUUUCAUCGAUUGAGGGUCGGCUGCUAACUUAAUUAAAUAAGUCCCCAAUUAAUGGUCUAUUAAUCCUUAAUGCUUUCAUAUAAAAAAAGAAUUCAAUCCAACAAUUUAAAUAUUCAACAAUUUUUUACAGAAAAAAAAUAGUUUCUUAAUAUCAAAAAAGAAAAUGUUUUAUCGACUCAAAAAUUCAUUUUCGAGCAUCGAGACACUUUUAGUCUGUGUUGACAUAAUCAGCCGGAAGUGGAACAUAAAUCAACAGUUUUGCAACUUGUUUCUUAUUGUUUUAUGUUUUUAGAAUAUAUCUAAGUGUUUUGACUAUUUUCUUCGUUAUUUUUAUCUGAUUUCAAUCGUUCUUGCGACUCAGUGCAAUAACGCGACUGAAUUCCCCGGAAGAGUGCAAUUAAAUUCCCAACAAUUUCUUCAACAUCCUUAGAAAGCGAUUGCCAUUUCAAUACAUUUUGUCCCUCUUCCAAAUUCCUUCUAUGGCACACAGCUCUCUACUAAUACUUACAUUUACCAUAUCACGAUAUUUCGAUUUUUUCGGACUCAAGACAACAUAACGGCUCAAUAUCUCCUCUCCAUACAUAACAACAUUAGAAACUCAACAUUAAAAAAAAAUGUAAUCAAGACUGCAAUAGAUUCCUGUCUAUUUAAUCCCUCAAAUGAGAAAAUUCAACAUUAUCCCUCCAACAAAACAGUAAACAAUUGAAUUUUUAUCGAUUUCAUUUUUUCGCUCUAUCUCACGAUAGAAGCAAGAUACCGAAAUUUUUGUUCCUACAAUUUUUAAAGAGGAAGAUCACAGCUACAAAAAAGGUAUCAAUGAAAAUCUCGCUGUCCCCCUCUGAUUCCGAGAUAUCAGCGAAGAUAUGGG